GAUAAUAGAAAAACCCGGAAAAAGAUAAACUGCAAAAUAAAUCAAUAAAUAAAUAAAUUUAUAUAAAAAAUAAAAGUAAAAAAAAAAAACUAAGUCGCCGAUCACCGUCCUUCCCCUGCCUGCCUCGGCUCUCGCAAAAGCGGUCUCUUUCUCAGAUUACAGCAGAGAGAGAGAGAGAGAGAGAGAGAGAGAUUCAGCGGAGCAGAGAAGAAGCUAUUUCACCGGUGUUGGCUUACUUUUUGCAGGCUUCAUGAACUGUACAACAUCCUGGCAUAAGGGAUUUAGUUGCAUACUUUAGCUGGUUGGGCAGCUUAUACAAGAAUGGCCGAUGGAUUCUCAAGUUUUUGGGGUCCUGUCACUUCCACAACUGAUUCGUGUGAGAAGAAUUAUGCCUACUCUACUUAUAUUGCAGAAUUUUGCAACACUAUAUCCAACAUACCAGGCAUUCUUUUGGCACUCAUUGGCCUUAUAAAUGCACUAAGACAGCGGUUUGAGAAGAGAUUUAGCGUUCUUCACAUAUCUAAUAUGAUACUUGCUAUUGGAAGCAUGUUAUUCCAUGCCACGUUGCAACAAAUGCUACAACAAGGUGAUGAAACUCCAAUGGUUUGGGAAAUGCUUCUUUACAUCUACAUCCUCUACUCACCAGACUGGCACUAUCGUAGUACAAUGCCCACUUUUCUCUUCCUGUAUGGCGCAGCUUUUGCCAUUGUCCACUCGCAGGUCCGUUUUGGCAUUGGUUUCAAGUUGCACUAUGUGAUCCUUUGCCUCCUCUGUAUCCCCAGAAUGUACAAGUACUAUAUCCACACACAAGAUGUCUCUGCCAAGCAACUUGCAAAGCUUUACAUAGCUACACUUUUCUUUGGUACAUUGUGCUGGCUCUGUGAUCGUGUUUUCUGCAAGGAAAUAUCCCAGUGGCCCAUUAAUCCACAAGGUCAUUCCUUGUGGCAUCUCCUCAUGGGCUUUAAUUCUUAUUUUGCCAACACUUUCUUGAUGUUUUGUCGUGCUCAGCAAUGGGGAUGGGCUCCAAAGGUAGUCCAUUUUAUGGGGUUUUUACCUUAUGUGAAGAUUGAGAAACCAAAAACCCAGUGAAGAAGAUACAGAGGAAGUGCUAGAUGAAUGGUUUUUUCUUUGUUCUUGGAGAUAUGCGAGAGGAGAGAAAGUCUUUUAACACAUUUUUUAUAUUCAUGGUUUAGCUGGAGAUGAAAUGACGAUUGAUCGAAGAUCUCAAAAUUUUCCUUGUACAAAUAGAGGAUGGUUGCUUUGUACCAUAUUUAUUUGCUUUUGUUUUGACUAUUGGGUGGUUUGUUUCUUAGCAGGUUUUGUUUGUUUAAUUGUUUUAAGCUUUGGUCCCCAUUUGGGGGUUUCUGAUUAAUUUCCUUUUUGAGUAUUAAAAAUGCUCUGAUUCCAGGUGACA